CUCAAGCACAUUGUUUCUCAAGUUGUAGCAUUGCCUGAGACUUUCGACACCUACUUUCCUUAAAAUAGUUAGACUUGUCUGACGGGAAGGAGGAAAGCAGCUCAAUGGCUGCUCCGGGUCCCUAUAUGGCUGGACAGAUCACAGGUCCUGUUCCUCCACUUCCACCAGGGCAGCUCCUCUAUUAUACACCUCAACCAGAUCCCCACGCCCAAGUCACAUGGAUUUCAAAUCCAACGUCUACCGCAGCCACUUGUCCCGAGACGAAACCAUUCCAUACCAACUUCCCUAUCUUCUCUGAACUCCCAAUCGAACUCCGUCUCCGCAUCUGGCAAUUCGCAGCCCACCCUCGAGUAAUUGAGCUUCGCUCCUGGGGAGAUACCCAGCGAAACCAAUACACCCCAGUGAAAUACACCGUCACGCCCCAUAGCCCCCCCUCGAUCCUCCAUAUCAACAGUGAGUCACGUCAAGAAGGCCUCCGCAUCUAUAAGCGUGUGAAAAUAGGUGUCUCCACAGCAGUCAUGGACCCCAACCGUACCUACGUUCCCUGGCGACACCACCCACACAACCCGUACACACCUUACAAUCGCUGGCGACAAGACUCCUUCGCCUUCCCCCUCGCCUUCCCCCACCAACCGGUGGAAAUCUACCUUGAUUAUUCCCGCGAUACAAUCUACCUCGGACCCGAAUUUCACUCUCAACACCUUCAAUCAUUCUUAACAAGCUCUGGAGAGGGAUUCGAGCUCGCUGAAGUUCAACAUUUAGCACUGGACCGCAAACUCUGGAUAGGAUCCCAGCAAGGGCGGUGGGAAUACCUGCGUAAUUCGCUGUAUUCCCUUCGUCUCCGGCCCUUAAAAGCACUGUACAUCAUUCCUGACGACGAAGUCAAUUCCCUGAAUGACAAAUUCUACUACAAACCGCAUUCAAUAUCUUUCCUUGAGCCGGCGAUUACGUACAAAUUCCGUCCAGAAGGCCAGGCCGAAUUUGCGAAAACAGUGAUGGAGAAUCUUGGGGAGUGGUUCGAGAGGUUGUGGGUAGACAGUGGCAGGGAACUGCCGAAGGUACGAGUUAAGAGUGUGAGGAGGGAAGGGCGACGGAUGGGCGAUUUCAGGGAAGGUGCUUGGGUGGUGCAGAAGAUGUUGGGGGAUAUGAGGGUUUGGAAAAAUUGGGUGCCUGCUCAAAGUACCUGAUGCUUGUAAUGCUUAGAAAGUUGACAUUGGUAGGAAAGCGAGAUUUAUUGUCCUUGCCGCCUGGGACAUUGGAUUAGACGAUGUAUCC